CACAACAAACACAACAUGAAAGCCAUACUCGCACUCUGCUUCGUGGCAGUCGCAUCCGCAGCGUCCGUCUCGAACGACAUCGACGCCCCGGUUCUGAGCCAAGUGCUCGACAUCAGUCCGGACGGUACGUACCAGCAUUCCUUCGAAACCGGAAACGGAAUCUCCGCUCAGGCGUCCGGCGCCCUGAAGACCCCCGAGACCGAGGCAGUGCAAGGUACCUUCCAGUACACGGCACCGGACGGCACCCCGAUCUCCGUCAGCUACGUAGCCGACGACAACGGCUACCAACCCCAAGGUGCUCACAUUCCUGAGAUUCCGGCUUACAUUACCCGUGCCCUUGAAUGGCAACGCACCCAUCCAGAGAAGGAGGAACCCUUGAGGAAGCUGUAGGCUGAGUCGACUUGGUGUUUGGAUUUUUUUUUUGUAAAUAAAAUGGCAUUUAUGUUUUACUAAAA